AUGUCGUGUGCUUGCUGGAGAAACUGGGAAGCCGUCUCCUCUUUCUGCGUAACAGUGAAGCUUGCAAAGGAGGAGGCGGAGCGCAUGAGGGAACUAUCCUCCUCACACCCCAGCCGCCGCAGUAGGCGACAAUUCGGGCGUCGAGGAUCGAGAGGCAAUCUCAGACCACCACAGACGAGACCCUAUAGGGCUGAUGGCGAUGGUGGCGCCCCCUUAGCCUGUCAGUUCGGCAACAAUAGAUACAAGCUGACUGGUCUAGUAGCGUGGGGGAUUGGAUGUGGACAGCAGGAUGUUCCAGCAGUAUACGCCAAUGUCCCAAAGUUCAGGAAUUGGGUCGACCUGAAGUUGAGGAUGUGGGGCUUCGCAGCGACAUCUUACAGCAAUAUAAAGCAUUAA